GGUCCGUUCCUGGCGGCGGCUCCUCAGAAACUGUCCCCCCCCCACCCCCCGGGAGAGCAAAAAUGGAUUCUCCGGAAGUAACAGAGUUGCAGCAAGAAGUGAUGGAGGAGUUGGGGAUCUCUAUGGAAGAGCUCCAGCAAUUCAUCGAUGAGGAGCUGGAGAAGUUUGAGUGUGUGAAGCAGCGGAAACAGCAGCUGGAAGAGCUGGAAAAGAAUGUGGAACAGAAAGAAGCAGAAGUUGCAUAUGUCGACCAGCUCUUCGAUGAUGCUUCAAGAGCCAUUGGUAAAUGCGAGAUACUGGUAAAAGAUCUCUACUCCAAGCUGGGCCUUCAGUAUCGUGAGAGCAGCUCUGAAGAUGAGGACUCAGCUUCCAAGCCCACGGAAGUGAUCGAAAUCCCAGAUGAGGAUGACGACGAUGUUAUGAGUAUUGAUUCGGGUUGGAAGCACAGUGAUACAAGUAACAGAAUCUCAAAGGAUCAGACGCUGCUUCGAGAAGCCAUGGCUGCAAUGAGGAAGUCUGCCCAAGAUGUUCAGAAAUUUAUGGAAGCUGUUAACAAAAAAACAAACGCCCAGGACCUGCAAAAGGGUGUCUCUGCACUUGCUGGGGGUGACCUCAGCAAUGACGGUGACCUGGUGGUUGGUAUGCGUAUCCUAGGCAAGAAGAGAACCAAGACAUGGCACAAAGGAAUUUUGAUUGCAAUCCAGGCAGUAGGUGCUGGUAAGAAGUUCAAAGUGAAAUUCGACAACAAAGGGAAGAGUUUGCUUUCUGGCAAUCACAUUGCGUAUGACUAUCAUCCCUCUGCUGAGAAACUCUACGUUGGAAGCCGGGUCGUGGCCAAAUACAAGGAUGGGAAUCAAGUCUGGCUCUAUGCUGGUAUUGUGGCCGAAACACCGAACAUGAAGAAUAAACUGAGGUUCCUGAUCUUCUUCGACGAUGGCUAUGCUUCUUACGUCACUCAGUCGGAGCUAUACCCGAUCUGCAGGCCACUAAAGAAGACCUGGGAAGACAUAGAAGACGUUUCCUGUCGUGAUUUCAUAGAGGAGUACAUCAGUGCCUACCCAAACCGUCCCAUGGUAUUGCUGAAGAGCGGCCAGCUGAUUAAAACAGAAUGGGAAGGGACCUGGUGGAAAUCCAGAGUGGAGGAAGUGGAUGGCAGUCUGGUCAAAAUCCUCUUCCUGGAUGACAAACGCUGUGAAUGGAUUUACCGUGGUUCCACGCGCCUGGAGCCUAUGUUCAGCAUGAAAACCUCCACGGCCUCCACUCUGGAAAAGAAACAAGGAGGGCAGAUGAGGACUCGUCCCAAUGUUGGUGCUGUGAGGAGCAAAGGGCCCGUAGUACAAUACACGCAAGAAUUAACAGGAACCAGCACCCAGUUUAAACCUAUAGAACAAAUCCAAGCAAUGUCUCUAGCUGCACCGUCUGUUUCCCCACAGCCUGCUGAGAUGGAAAGCUCCGAAAGUCAGUUGGCUCAGUCCAGAAAGCAAGUGGCCAAGAAAAGCACGUCCUUCCGUCCUGGCUCUGUGGGGUCUGGACACUCUUCACCUGCUUCUCCUGUGCUAAGUGAAACUCCUCCCAUGGGAAAAACGGCAGUGAACCAGCAGUAUCGGUAAAGCCACAGUAAUACGUCAGCAGCCCCCCCCAUCAGCUCCCUCCCACCUCCUGCCCACCGAUCAGCACCUCCCCCAUUCCACGGCAUGAUGGAGCGGGUGCCCAAUGAGCCCUCCUACCGGGCCCCGAUGGAGAAGCUCUUUUACCUGCCCCACGUCUGCAGCUACACCUGCCUGUCGCGGGUCCGCCCCAUCCGGAGCGACCAGUACCGCAGCAAGAACCCCCUCCUCAUCCCGCUUCUCUACGACUUUCGGCGCAUGACUGCCCGCCGCCGCGUCAACCGCAAGAUGGGCUUCCACGUCAUCUACAAGACGCCGUGCGGCCUGUGCCUGCGCACCAUGCAGGAGAUCGAGCGCUACAUCUUCGAGACGGACUGCGACUUCCUCUUCCUGGAGAUGUUCUGCCUAGACCCCUACGUGCUGGUGGACCGCAAGUUCCAGCCCUACAAGCCCUUCUACUACAUUGCAGACAUCACCAAAGGCAAGGAGGACGUGCCGCUGUCCUGCGUCAACGAGAUAGACACCACCCCUCCUCCGCAGGUGGCUUAUAGCAAGGAGCGCAUCCCGGGGAAAGGGGUCUACAUCAACACCGGCUGGGAGUUCCUCGUGGGCUGCGACUGUAAAGAUGGCUGCAGAGACAAAUCUAAAUGUGCCUGCCACCAGCUGACGGUCCAAGCGACAGGCUGCACCCCCGGUGGGCAGAUCAACCCCAAUUCUGGCUACCAGCACAAGAGGCUGGAGGAAUGCCUCCCCACAGGAGUCUAUGAAUGUAACAAGAGAUGCAAAUGCAACACGAACAUGUGCACCAAUCGCUUGGUACAACAUGGACUCCAAGUCAGACUCCAGCUAUUCAAGACUCAGAACAAAGGCUGGGGAAUCCGCUGCCUUGACGAUAUUGCCAAGGGCUCUUUCGUCUGCAUCUAUGCAGGGAAAAUCCUGACCGACGACUUUGCCGACAAAGAAGGGCUGGAGAUGGGGGACGAGUACUUCGCCAACCUGGAUCACAUUGAGAGCGUGGAGAACUUCAAGGAGGGCUACGAAAGCGAUGCCAAGUGCUCCUCCGACAGCAGCGGCGUGGACCUGAAGGACGAAGAGGAAGAGAACACCGGCACCGAGGAGCAGGAGGAGUCCAACGAGGACAGCUCCGACGACAACUUCUGCAAGGACGAGGAUUUCAGCACCAGCUCGGUGUGGCGUAGCUAUGCCACCCGCCGGCAGACCCGGGGCCAGAAGGAGAACGGCCUGUCUGAGACAGCCUCCAAGGACUCCGGCCUCACCAGGCAGAUCAGCCACGACGAGGUCGCUGUGGCCGCUGCCUGCAAACUGCCCGUGUCCGAGGAAACCUCCAAAAACAAAGUGGCCUCCUGGCUGAGCUCCAACAGCAUGUCAGACAGCUUCCAGGACAACGAUAGCGCCUCCUCGUUCAAGAUGAACGAGGCCAGCGAGGUCAAGGCAGGCAAAGUGGAAGUCCUGGGUGACCGAGAGAAGCCCUCCACUUCUGGGCUUGGGGGCAAGGAGGCUUUUGGCUUGGAUGCCGACUCAAAGAUGCAGAAGAAGGAGGAAUCUGAAGAGCCAAACAAGCUUUCGAUGGCAUCCGAGACCGGCAAGGUGUAUGGCUAUAAUCCAAGCCCCAUGAAACUCGAGGGGAUCCGGCGGCCACCAAGCAAGACGAUCAUGCAUCAGAGCAAAAGGCACUUGGCUCCUCCCCAGCAAGCAGCUGACGAUGUGCUGACGCUGUCAAGUAGCACGGACAGCGAGGGGGAGAAUGGCCAGCCCGCAGCAGGACAAGCACAGGGCAACACGAAUGAUAGUGAUGACAUCCAGACUAUUUCCUCUGGCUCAGAGGAAGAGGACAUCGACGACAAGAAGAAUUCCUCUUCCGGCCCCGUGAAAAGGCAAGUGGCAGUGAAGUCCACACGGGGUUUUGCCCUCAAAUCGACUCACGGGAUUGCCAUAAAGUCGACCAAUAUGGCAUCAGCUGACAAGGGGGAGAACAUGCUAGUGCGCAAAAACACCCGCCAGUUUUAUGACGGCGAAGAGUCCUGCUAUAUCAUUGAUGCCAAACUCGAAGGGAAUCUUGGCCGUUACCUCAAUCAUAGCUGCAGCCCCAAUCUGUUUGUGCAGAAUGUCUUUGUGGACACGCAUGACCUCCGUUUCCCUUGGGUUGCCUUCUUCGCUAGCAAGAGGAUACGAGCCGGGACUGAGCUGACCUGGGAUUAUAACUACGAGGUGGGCAGCGUGGAGGGCAAGGAGCUCCUGUGCUGCUGUGGCGCUAUCGAAUGCCGAGGCAGGCUGCUCUAACCACGCUGGUGCCCGCAUCGUGAAGGACUUGGGCUGCUGGCCCUGGAUUCCCCCGGGCUCCAGUUGUUCUGAGCCAGAAAAAGGUUGAUUCUCAACCACAGGCAUUGUCCCUCCCCUCCCCGCCCAACCCUUUGUCUGUGAGGGUGACGUACUGUAGUUCAUCUCGAGCGGUUUCUAAGUACACUGCGUUUAUUUGUAAUUGUAGCUGUUACAAAGCUGGUUACAGUAACUUGGAGUUGCCCUGUUCACUUGAAAAUAUGCCCACAGGUACACAGACCACAACACUAUCAGGCUAACACAGGGGUCGCUUGGCUUUGUGCGUAGGGCUGAGAUGGACAGCAAUGUUCCCAGCAAGCUACUGCUUUGCUGUAGAUCUGUCUUCACUGGGUCAUGCACUGAUCAGCUAGCUGUGAGACUUAAUACCUGUCAGCUCAAUUCAAGUAUGAAACACACUAGGCAGGCAUUACAGAAGGGUCCCCUGCUUCGCCAUCCUACAGCCAGCCUCUGUUGUACCCAAGUCUGCCAUGUCAAAUUCCCCCAUCCCCAAAAAACUAGGGCAACUACAGUUAGAAUUGGUGCCCUCUUCUUAUCAAAGGGAAGCAUUUCAGAGAGGCCAGGGGUAGAUCAUCCAAUCCAGGAACCGUACUGGGAUUUUCCUGUGGUAUUGCUGAACAU